GAGGCUGACAGGGACAUGCACGUUGGAGGGAGAAUCGACUCUAGGAGUUUGUGGUCUCCGAGUUGAGAGAAUUGUGUUUUCUUUUUUGAACAUAUAAAGCCCCAAGCCUCCGUUACAGCCAGUGGAGCGGGGUUGCAGGAAGUGCUGUGUCUUCUACACCAUCGGUCAUGGCCCACGUUGAGUUUUGAGGAAAAAGAAGCAGAAAGGUCCCAGCUGCGGCGGAGAGGGACAGGGAGAGGGAGGAGAGGGGCUCGGCAACAGCAGAUGAGCCUGUCCGGGAGCUGCGGGCUCCUUCCUGCGGGAGAGAGAGUCCCCAGACUGGCUUGCAGCAACGGAUCUCCCCGCUCUGUCAACCGGCCCAUUGACAUAGUACACAAGCGAAGGCGCUUCGACGUUGAGAAUGGCCUGUCUCCUGGACGCAGCCCACUUGAUCCUCAGACCAGCCCCAGCUCGGGGCUUGUGCUACAAGCGAACUUCAGCCACGGUCAGCGCCGGGAAUCCUUCCUGUACCGUUCCGACAGCGACUACGACCUCUCCCCGAAGAAUGUGUCCCGGAACUCCUCCAUCGCCAGUGACAUGAGUAUCUAUCUCAAGGCUCACCCAAGAUCUGCCCUAGCUUCCCGGUUCUCCGAGCCGGUCCUUGCCCUGACGAUGGGAAACCAUACAGAAGACAUGAUUGUGACACCGUUUGCUCAGGUAUUGGCUAGUUUACGGACUGUGAGGAACAACUUUGCUACGUUGGCGAAUCUGCAAGACCCUCCAAAUAACAAACGGAAAACAGGAUGCGCCUCGGGAAUCUGCCGGUCGCUCAUAUCAGAGGAGAGCAAACUGGCUUCCGAGACCCUGGAGGAACUGGACUGGUGUUUGGAUCAACUCGAGACGCUUCACACGAGGCAUUCUGUCAGUGAGAUGGCCUCCAACAAGUUUAAGAGGAUGCUGAACCGAGAGUUAACCCAGUUGUCUGAAAUGAGCCGUUCUGGAAACCAGGUCUCGGAGUUCAUAUCCACAAUGUUUUUAGACAAACCGCAUGAAUUAGAUAUAUCACAGACAAGCCCAAGAGACAAGCUGGAGCCCAUGAGACAAAUCAGUGGUCUGAAAUACAGCACGAGUGUCAUCUCUGUGGAUGUUCCCCGCCUUGGAGUCAAUUCUGACCAGGAACCUGAGCUAGAGCAGGAAUUGUCAAAUAUCAACAGUUGGGGUUUGGAUAUCUUUAAGGUGGGAGAAUAUUCCAACCAACGACCAUUGACUGUUGCUAUGUACGCCAUCUUUAAGGAGCGAAAUCUCCUAAAGAUAUUUAGGAUUCCACCCUUAAUUUUUAUCACCUACAUGAUAACACUAGAAGAUCACUACCAUCCCGAUGUGAGCUACCACAACAAUUACCACGCUGCUGAUGUGGCUCAGUCCACCCACGUCUUGCUUCGAUCACCGGCAUUAGAGGCAGUCUUCACAGAUCUUGAGAUAUUGGCUGCGAUUUUUGCCUCGGCAAUCCAUGAUGUUGACCAUCCAGGAGUCUCAAAUCAGUUCCUCAUUAAUACCAAUUCGGAAUUAGCACUGAUGUAUAAUGACACCUCAGUGUUGGAGAACCACCAUUUGGCUGUGGGUUUUAAAUUGCUGCAGAAGGAAAACUGCAACAUCUUUAAGAACCUGAGUAACAAGCAGUUUCAGAACCUUCGCAAAAUGACAAUCGACAUGGUCCUGGCAACAGACAUGACCAAACACAUGAACUUGUUAGCAGACUUGAAGACAAUGGUGGAAACCAAGAAAGUUACAAGUUUAGGGGUCUUACUGCUGGAUAAUUACUCCGAUCGGAUCCAGGUUCUGCAGAAUAUGGUGCACUGUGCUGACCUGAGCAAUCCCACCAAGCCACUGCACCUGUACCGCACUUGGGUGGAUAAAAUAAUGCUGGAGUUUUUCCAGCAGGGAGAUCAGGAGCGUGAGCGGGGAAUGGAAAUCAGCCCCAUGUGUGACAAACACACUGCUUCCAUCGAGAAGUCCCAGGUUGGAUUCAUUGAUUUCAUUGUGCACCCUCUCUGGGAGACAUGGGCUGAUUUGGUUUAUCCAGAUGCCAAAGAGAUACUUGACAACCUGGAGGACAACCGUGAUUGGUUCGACAGCAUGAUCCCUCACAGCCCGCCCUCCUCCCAAUCCCUGGACCUGGCAGACAGAAGCAAUGUGGGUGAUACUUUCCUGCUGGACAUUACAAAGCCCAAGGAGGCCUUGAGCGCUAACGCCAGCUCCUAUGAGGAAAUGCACAGCUGUAGCAGCCCAGAGGCAACAGACACUGACUUCUCGGAAUUCUCAGAGACCAUCGAGGCUGGCCAAGCCCAUUACUCGAGGCAGUUGGGAAGGGGCAGCUACAUGGCCCCACUGCCCGCCUACGACAGCGAGGUGGGCAACUCGUCUGCUGAAGAGGGCAGUUCCAGGGAUUCGGGGAGCAGUACUCCAGAGAGCAGGUAUCAGCCACCCCCUAACUAUCGGCCCAUCCUAUUCAGGUCCCAGCCUCCAAAGGAAGGAUCCAACCAAAGCCCAGACCACACAUCGGAAGUGUCAACGCGAGGCAGCAAACAGGACCUGGCAGAAGAGUCAGUGCGAGGCAGCAAACAGGACCUGGCAGAAGAGUCAGCGCGAGGCAGCAAACAGGAUGUGGCAGAAGCAGAUGCGAGCCUUUCAGAUCUUCCACUGGGCACCUAACAAGACAAAGACUUUGUACAUUAUUUAAUAAAUUCAUUCUUUUUCUGGUAUCAAAGCACAUACAAACCAGUUGUAGCUUUACAUGUCAUGCAGCUGGGAUCUUCGCUGUGAGCUGGUUGAGGAAGGCAGCAGGAGAGAGACAUUUUGGCCAGUGCCAACCACAACAAUAAGCAACCAAAAGGAACCAAAAACAAAACCAAAACGAACAGUGCCGUGAUGUUACCCCCACUUGUCUCAGCAACGGGGGAGUUUUUUUUAAGAAAAAGGAAAUCGCUGGCAAGAAAUGUAUCCAAUCUAAAUCCGAAGGAGGAGUAAAGAAAUCGGAUGGAGUUGGGAAGGGAAACCAGCUUGUAGAGCAAGAUUUUAUUUUUCAUUUUUUUCUUUUUUUUAAAAAAAAAAUGCCUUAAGCAAAAAUAAAAAAAAAACUCCGAAGGAGAAAAGGUUUAAAAUGUAGCCAGGGAAGAGGGUGCAUGUGGCAAAGGGAGAGCACAGUGGUCGCUGGCCUGCUGAGAACUGUCCCUUGAACUGGGAAGGUUUAAUGAGUUGGAUCGUGGCACUGAGUCCAGCAUGCACUGGAAUAGACUGGAGGACACAAGAAAUCGAUGCCUUUUUAAUUGAAUUGGAAACUGUCAGCAGCAUGACAGGACUUUUAUUUGGGUACAAACAAAACAUUUAAAAGGAGGGUUCAUUGGUCCUUUUUUUAUUUUAAAAAGUGAUCUGUAUUUUUCUUAAAUGAAUAUUUUUAGCAAUUUU